AUGACAUACGCCAUUGCUGCUCGCGUGGACCAGAAUUCUGAUGACGAGAGCCGGCCAGCCGACACUGCGGCAGGGAUUCCUCUGUGGAAGCUGACCUUGGUAGCCCUGCCUGUGCUGACUGUUCAGGCGUUCUGGGUGUCCCUGAUGCCGUGCAGCGCCCCGUACUUGCUGCGCCUUGGGCUGAGUACGUCUAUGGCCACGCUGAACAAUCUGGCAGGCCCCAUCACAGGAUUCUUCACAGGUCCGCUCGUGGGUGCUGUGUCCGAUUCGUUGACCUCCCCGUUUGGGCGGCGUAGGCCUGUGAUCGCGGUGGGGCUCGCCCUCACGUGGGUGGCGGGCGUCCUCUUCGCCCUGGCCGAGCACGUCCUGCCGGCUAGCACCGCCCCACUGAUGGCCGCUCCCAUGUUCUGGGUGUUGGACGUCACGAUCAACAUAUUACAGCACAUGCUGGAGUUGGUCGUGCUCGUCUGCCUGCUCAACACCUUCGCCGUGGCCGUCCAGUUCAGCGUCGCCGAGGAGAGGCCCGUGGCCAAGGGGGCGCAGAGCGGCGUGGACGUGCGCGGCCGGGUACUGGCCCCGGUGCUCGACGUCCUCGAGGCCGCGAAGGGCAGCUCCUUCCUCUUCCGCCACCUGGCGGCAGUGCAGUGCCUGAUCGCCGUUGGAGGCAGCACCUGGGGCCUCUACGCCGGGCAGUGGUUCGGCGUCUGCGUCUACCGGGGCGACCCGCGCGCGCCGCCGGGCGCGGCCGGCCACGACGCCUACGCGGCCGGGCUGAGGCAGUUUGCCCACGCGGGGCAGAGCAAGGCGGUGUUUGUUCUGGCGUCCUCCCUGGUAGUGAUGUCGCUCCUCCGCCAGACCGGGAUGCGCCCGAUGACGAUCUACGCCGCGCUGAUUUGCGCUGGCGCUGUGGCGAGCACGGCGGCCGCGUUCUUCGUGCAGCACGACGGCGCCUUCGCCCUGCUCUGCGCCAAUCUCAGUGGUCUGCCGUUCGCGGGCGCGAGCGCCAUUCCGUUCGGCAUCGUCGCGGCGUUCAGCAAGCGCGACGAGUCGCAGGGUAAGCCCUCGAGCAUCGCCUUGAAUAUGUCGUUUCUCAACUGUGCCUCCACUUUCGGUCAGCAGAUCUGCACUCUUACCCUUGCUCUCAUCGAAGGGAGCAUAGAUUUGGCGCAGGCGCUGCCUAGAAUGUUCAUCGUGGCCGCAUCCGCAGAAGCACUGGCAGCAGCGGGCGCUUAUCUAGUAGACGAUACUCUAGAGCAGACGAGUACGGGCACCGAGCUCAAAGACAGCAUUUUGGCCUAG